AUGGCCGAGUCAUUUCUGCCUACGAAACGCCGAUUGAAGCUUGAUCCAUCGGAGAAACUCUAUUUUCCUUAUGAGCCUGGGAAGCAAGUGAGGAGUGCUAUUAAGAUUAAAAAUACCAGCAAAUCACAUGUAGCCUUCAAGUUUCAAACAACUGCACCGAAGAGUUGCUUCAUGCGUCCACCAGGUGCUAUUCUUGCUCCUGGAGAGACUCUUAUCGCUACUGUGUUCAAGUUUGUGGAGCCUCCUGAGAAUAACGAGAAGCCAAUGGAUCAAAGGAGCAGAGUUAAGUUUAAAAUCAUGAGCCUGAAGGUGAAAGGUCCAAUGGACUACGUGCCUGAGCUGUUUGAUGAGCAGAAGGAUGAUGUGUCUAAGGAGCAAAUAUUGCGUGUGAUCUUCCUGGAUCCUGAACGUCCCAACCCAGCACUGGAGAAAUUGAAACGUCAGCUAGCUGAAGCGGAUGCAGCAGUGGAGGCACGAAAGAAACCACCAGAGGAAACAGGUCCAAAGAUGAUUGGAGAAGGACUUGUGAUCGAUGAAUGGAAGGAGCGUCGAGAGAGAUAUCUUGCACAGCAACAAGGCGAAGGAGUUGACUCUGUCUGAGACUAAAAGAUCCUUCUGAGGCAAAAUACUAAAAAAACAAGUGUGUGCUUGUGAAGAAGAAGAAGAAGAAGAAGAAGAAGAGACCACGAUAUUGAAUUUCUCUGCUAACUUCUACAUUCAUAAUGCAAAUCUAAGUAUCAUGUUGGUAAAAAAGACAAUGAAGGAAACUUUUUCAUGUAAAAAGAAAUGUAAAACUUGGGGUUUGAUAAUGAAUUGUUCAUGUUAAGACUAAUAAAAAAAUGACAGAGAGGAUGCUUGUGGGA